UUCCGGGUCGCGUCGCCCGGGCUCCGAGUCGGGCUCGCUUGGGGCCGGCCCGCCGCCGCCAUGUCCCCUGCGCGACCCGCCCCCGGGGCCGGCUCCGGCGCCGCCGCCUCACGGUAAGAGGCCUCUCCGCCGGCCGCGGCCCUGCAGGCUCCUCGCGGCGCAGAGCGGAGGGGCGCCCGUCCGCCCGCCACGACCCCGCCGCCGGGCCCGGCCCGCAGGCUUUGAAGACUGCAGACGAAGACACGCAUUCUAACCAUUUAAGUAUAUUAAAAAUAUUAACACCAAUGGAAAAGCCACAAGACUUACCAGAACAACCAGUGAAAAAAGUAAAGAUGCAGGAAUCUGGAGAGCAAAGUUUAAGUCAGGUGAGCAAUACAGAAGUCAGUGAUCAGAAAUCUGAAUCUUCAAGCCUUGAUCCCAACCUUCCCAUGUCAAGUGAAAUCAUGACAUGCACUGAUUACAUCCCAAGGACAUCCAAUGAUUAUACCUCACAGAUGUAUUCUGCAAAGCCAUAUGCACAUAUCCUUUCUCUACCUGUAUCAGAAACAACGAGCCCUUAUUCUGGUCAGACUCAGUAUCAAGCACUACAGCAGGCUCAGCCCUAUGCCAUCUACCCUCAGACCACCCAAACCUAUGGACUACCUCCUUUCGGUGCACUGUGGCCAGGUAUGAAACCUGAAAGUGGUUUAAAUCAGACUCCAUCUCCAAGUGAGCACAGUGUUCUUACCUGCACUACAGGGUUAACCACAAGCCAGUCCAGCCCAGCACAUUAUUCUUAUCCUAUUCAAGCACCAACUACCAAUGCCAGCCCAGUCUCUACAGCAUCAACUGUUGUCAAUAUUUCUGCAUCAGCUGUAGCCAGCAUCUCUCACCAGGAAUAUCCUACAUACACAAUCCUUGGCCAAAGUCAGUACCAGCCAUGUUACCCAAGUUCUGGCUAUGGGGUUCUAACGCCAGCAGACAGCAACACGGAGAGUACCACACUAGCAACAACCACGUACCCGACUGAAAAACCAAAAGCCAUCGUGCCUACGCGGACAGUGCAGAGACAUUCAUCUGGAGAUCUGUCCACAAGUCCAUCUUUGUCAAGAGCAACAGCAAGUAAGGAGUUAGAUGAGCAGACUAAGAAAAACAUACCUGGGAAGAACAGGGGCAAAAGGAAAGCAGAUACCUCCUCUUCACAGGACAGUGAAUUGGAACGAGUGUUUCUGUGGGACUUGGAUGAGACCAUCAUAAUUUUUCAUUCACUUCUCACGGGGUCAUAUGCCCAGAAAUAUGGAAAGGAUCCAACUCUAGUGAUUGGCUCAGGUCUGACAAUGGAGGAGAUGAUUUUUGAAGUGGCUGAUACACACUUAUUUUUCAAUGACUUAGAGGAGUGUGACCAGGUGCACAUAGAUGAUGUUGCUUCUGCUGACAAUGGACAAGACCUAAGCAACUACAGUUUCUCCACGGAUGGGUUCACUGGCUCAGCAAGCAGUACAAAUAACAGCUCGUCAGUGGGUGUCCAAGGUGGAGUGGACUGGAUGAGAAAGCUGGCUUUCCGCUAUCGCAGAGUGCGAGAAAUCUAUAACAAAUGCAAGGGCAAUGUCGGAGGCCUUCUCAGCCCACAGAAGAGGGAUGCCUUACAGAGACUAAGGACUGACAUAGAAGUGUUAACAGAUUCCUGGUUGGGAACUGCAUUAAAGUCCCUACUUCUCAUACAGUCCAGAAAAAAUUGUGUGAAUGUCCUGAUAACGACGACCCAGCUGGUGCCAGCUCUUGCCAAAGUUCUCUUGUAUGGACUGGGAGAAGUGUUCCCCAUUGAAAAUAUUUAUAGUGCUACAAAAAUAGGUAAAGAGAGCUGUUUUGAGAGGAUUGUGUCACGAUUUGGAAAGAAAGUAACAUAUGUGGUAAUUGGAGAUGGGCGUGAUGAAGAGAUUGCAGCCAAACAGCACAACAUGCCCUUUUGGAGGAUCACAAAUCACGCAGACCUUGUGUCCCUUCACCAGGCCCUUGAACUCGACUUCCUGUAAGAAGUUCAGCAGAGGAGUGAAUGCAGCUCCUCAUAAGCCCUUCUCUAUUUAUUUGGAGAGGCAGAAAUCAUGCCAUCUGGAUACUUUCUUUUCGUCUUGAUGGAAAAAAAAUGUAGCUAACAGACUUUACAGUAGAGUGUCACUUGGUCAUUUCCUCAGGAGCAUGGUACUACCAAGUAGAAAGUGUUUUACCCAGAAAGCUGCAGACUCAGCAUAGUCCAGGUGUUCUCUCUUGCCUACAGAAGGGUGUUGCUAGGGCCAAGAGACCUCUUCAAGCAGGUAGUCUACAGAGAGUCACUGUACACAGGCUUGCGGUAAAAGCAGCAAACUUUUGUAAAAUCCCUCUCUCGAUUUAGUUAUGGAACCCAAAGUAAAUGGGUUAUUUUUAUUUUUAUAGACAAGGGUCCAGUGUCUAGAGCUGGAUAAAUCUUUCCCUUCUGGCAAAACCAAAGUGAAUGGUUGGUAUUUUUUUUUUUGUUGAAAAUAUUAAUGAAAAUAUGAAGAAUGCCUCUGUGUUGCUGUAAAAAUCUCUGCCUUUUCUCUCCCCCUGUUCAGAGCAGUUAAUUUAUUGCCAUUUUUUAGAUAAUUUUAUCCCAAUUUAGGUUUAUUGGAUAUUAAUAAGGGAGAAAGAAAUAUGUCUAGAACUUUCAGUUUUUCAUUUAGGAAAAUGUCAUUCCUAGUGAAUAACUGACUUCCUGUUCAAUGUGUGGAUCUCUCACAUGUGUUUGUGUAUGUUGUAUACACCACCCUGUUUACAAACCUGAGGGUUAGUAAAUUCCAGCCCAGCCAAUGACCUGGUCUGCAGCGUGCUAGACAUGUUAAGAAUAAGGAGCUGAAUCUGAAAAUUAAGGUGCUAGCAUUAGCAUUAUUGUAUUCAGUGCCUCCGACAUGAAUAAGAGAGUCUUCACUUGGUCUGGAAUAAUUUAAAGGACUUUUACACCAUAUUAAUAACAUAAGGAAAAAGAACAUUUAUUAGCGUUCACUUCUGUUCUCCAAACACCAUUUAUGUCCAGUAAGGCUUUGUUAGCUGGAUCUAGUUCAAUAUGAGGGGUAUUCCACUUUCUGUUAUAGUGAAGACAUGGUUGAAAACAAACAACCUUCUUUGUGAGAGGGAAUCUAUCUAGGAAACCCAUCAUUCAGCAAUCCACAGCACAUCAGACACAGGAAUUGUGGGUAUACUAACCUUUCUAUUAAGACAGUAGAUAAUGAAGCUGAUGACAGUGUGAAGUGAGGUGACCUAUACCCCCUUAGCACAACUCUUCCCUAGCAAUAUUUAGAUUGAGGAGGCAGGGGGCCUUGCCAGUCACAUAAGCUUGUAACUCUUCAGAAGUUCUUGAUAUGGGAUAGGACCUCAUGCUCAACAACUGUAUGCUCACUCUGCUUUUUGUCCUAAAAUGGGAUAGAAACUACCUAAGCAUAAGAGUUGCCUGGGUUCCAGGGCAGUCCUUGGUCACCCAUCUGGAACCUGAAGAGGGGAUGAUUAGGAAAGCUCAAUGUUUUCAUUUGAACAGCUACUGGCUGAGGAGGAUGUUGAGCAGCUGCGUGUUUUUGGCUAUAGAUGUGUCUGAAGUAUAACCACAUGCCCUACAGGCUCUUGAGUUUGAGCCAACACACUGGCACUGAACCUUGUCUACACUAAGAAUGCUCCUUGAACAUUGGUGCCAGGGUUACCACCAGCCCAAUUUAAUGGAAUAUUCUAAUAUUUGUCAAUUACUUGCCUGAAACAGGAUUAAAUGAAAUUACAAUUGUAAUAUUGGUAGUAAGGGAUGGCUUCAUACUCAGGCUCCCCCUUUAACAACUGUGGGAGAGUUGUAGAAACAGUCCAUAAUGUAGACAGACUAAGUUGUGAGAACCAGGGAAGUACUGGGGUCUUUGGAUUUCAAACACGUUUUAAAUUUUGAUCUUAAUAACACAGCAAAUAAGGAAUGUGCAUCCUUCUCCCAGACACCAAAUGGAGCACCAGAUCAGUACCAUGGAAGUAGGAGCCUGGCUUUGCCAUCCAGUCUGCUUGUUAGACAUGCUGGUUUUACACUCUGACCUUAGGCAGAUGGACUCCAGAGCUGGAUGACUCCCAGGAGAGCUUUUCUAUUUAUGGAAUACUGUGUGUAUGGGAACGAUUGUAUUCAGACUGGGUAUCAUCUUCCUGCAUUAGAGACUCUGUGGAUCUGGUUUUUGUGGUGAGUUGUUACUCUCUGGUUCAUUCAGUGGAAGCCCUGUUUUGGAAUUUGGAAAAGUAGCUGUACUUUUAACUACUGCUAGAGUUCCUGCCUGUUGGCUGUAGAAUACUACCUGAACUAUCUCUUGCUCAAAGGAAGCACAGCAGUGUUUAUCCGCUGGCAAUGACAGGAAACUUCAUUGCUCCCUGUGAAGCAGGCCAAGAGCCUGCUCUCCCAUACAUAAACUGGGCUGAGAAAGACCAUGAGGCUGGGAGAAUAUUCACUGUAAAUUGUGGUGCUCAAUGGAAAGGCUCACAAUCUCUUGUGAGCUACAAAAGUCAUCAGAAAGCAAGAUAGGUAUACAGUAGUAUAGGAAAGGAGAUGAGUGUUCAAUAGGUGCCAGAAGGUAAGGGGUUUUCUUGUUCUUGGUUCCUAAAAUAGUAUCUUUUUUUAAAAAAAGCCCCUAGAAGGGUGAGUACUACAUUUAACCUUUAGAGAUGGUCCAGCAGGAAAUAGACCACAUGAAAGUACAUCAUUUCCACAGGUGGGAAAACUUUGCAUCUGAAGAUAAGGAAUCUUUCUACCUUGGAGUUACAAAAAAAACCCAGUUCUGGUUUCCAUUACAGUUCUGUCAGAGUUGAGGCUCACUAACCCUUCAGAAUUUUUCUUGUAAAUGUACCUAUGAGACACUUCACCUUGUGGAACUUGAGAUUAUUUGAAGCAUGUCUCAUACUUCAGUGAACUUUAACUUUGGGAUCAAAACUGGUGCCUUAACCUCCCACCAUCUAACUUGGACAAGCUUCCCCUUUGCUUCAAUAAUUAUACAGAGAAGAACUUCAGGGGAGAGUUUGACUGCCCUGGCUUUUUUUAUUUUAUUUUUUUUCUCUCUGUGUUUCUAGCACAUGCUGGAAGCCAAGGUACUGGGCACACAAAUACCUGCCAGGUUUUGCUUUGUGUUUGUUUACUUCAGAUGUUUUAAAGGAACUUUUAAGAUAUUGGCAAAACUUAGGCUGAAUGUGAAACUCUUGCAGCCAGUGACAUUUCAUACUAAUAUUUAUAUGAUGUUUCCUUGAAUGUAUGUAAAAUACUUUUCUAACAGGAUGUUGAUGGUACAUUUCUGUGUUACAUUAAUAAAGGUUAACCUGGCUCCUUUAUUUUUUUUCCCCUGGUGGCUAGGUUUGAGAAUGGUCCCUUUCCCAAUGGACUGGCAGCGAGGAGUUCCUCUUUAUGCAAGGAAAUUUAUAGCUGCCUUUCGCAUGAUUUAAUUGUUUUCCCAUUAUUUCAUGGAUAAAUGCCACACCAAAUUCUAAAGCCAAAAAUCUGGGAGGGGAAUACUCUGCAUCACUAAAAUGCUCCCUCUAAGUAUUCCUGUUUUCUCCAUGGCAGGUGGGUACUUCUGUGUCCUCGGCUCCGAGUGUCUUUCAGCUCACCCUGCAGUCUCAAUCCUUUAAAGCCAACCCACUGAUAUUUGCUAGUUCUAGACACCCUUGUGCUUAAGUAUUUUAGAAAGCAUAACUUGAGUCAAGUCCCUCUGGAACUUCCAGAAGCCUUAUCUAGCAGCAAGGUGUUGGUUACAGUAUAUGUAUGAGACUGAGGGCAUUAAUGGCUGCAAAUUCCUUGAUUGUUCAUGUUCUGUGUAAUGGGGGCUGUCCUAUGAACUGGAAAAAUAAAGUUUCUAUUUUCUGUAAUAA